UUCUCCUUUUUCAUUUUUGGUAUUAUGUAUCCCAAACCCAAAUGCAAACCCCAUUGGAUUUGGAUUCAAUACUUCAGAGAUGGAAAGCUUCUUCAAGAACGUUGUUUUUCUCUUCUACUUUCUCUUGGUAGUGAAGGUUGCAGGGCUCCAAGCCGCCAAAGAUGAAUGCCAAACCAAAAAGUGCAAUCACCAUAUCAUCUGGUUCUUGUACCAACUAAAGGUACAACAACUGCAACACUGCGGCUAUCAUGGGUUUGAACUCUCCUACGAAGACAAGCAGACUGUGCCCAAGUUGCCACGGAAUGUAAAGUUGUUCGUGAAGCGUAUAGAUUACAAAGCAAAGAGGAUUCAAUUAUAUGAUCCUCAGGGUUGCUUUCCCCUGCAACUUCCCAAUCUUAAUUUAUCUGCAUCUUCCUUCCAGUACUUGAGACUAACUCCCUUCCAGUUCAAUUCUGUUGAGUCAAAGUACAGUCUUUUCAAUUGUUCAAGGAAAGCAGCUAUGGGUAUUAAUUAUGAAUUUUAUGAGAUUCCUUACUUAAGUGUCUCAAGCUUCCAAGUUCUAGCUUUUCCUUCCGAUUCUACAUCUGCUUUUAACUUGUUAAGUUGCAGGAGAACGUCACUCAACACAUUGGAGACACUGGUAUACGAACAUAUGUUAUAUUACCAGACAAGGUAUGUUCAUUUGAGUUGGUCCCAACCAGAUUGUAGUAAAUGUGAAGAAGUAGCCAGGAAAUGCAAGCUGAAGAAAAAUAAUAGGACACAGGAUGACACAGAGUGUUAUGGUACCACAAAGAAUCAAAGAGGGGAAAAUUACAGCAUGUGGUCAGUGAAGAUGAAGGUUUUCUUGAAAGGAAAUGGUCUUUGGGAUUUAGUGGAGAAUGGCUUUCAUCCUCCUCAUCUUCCUAACAAUCCUACUAUUGCUCAGUUGAAGAAUCAUUCAAAGUAUGUAGAAAAGGCUUACCAAGCACUCUCACACAUCCACAGUGGUGUUGUAGAUUCACUUUUUCCAAGGAUCAUGGGUGUAGAAACAGAAAAGGAAGCAUGGGAUACUCUGAAAAUUGAGUUUGAAGGUGAUACAAAAGUGAAAGGUAACAAUGUUAUCACACUCAAGAGACAAGUUGAGAUGCUGAGAAUGUUAGAAGAUGAAACCGUUCACCAAUAUUCAACCAAGCUACAAGACUUGGUGAACCGAAUUAGGGCAAAUGGUGGUGAGUUUCCAAACAAGAGGGUUGUUGAGAAGAUCAUGGUGAGUGUUCCAGACAAGUUCGAGUCUAAGAUUUUAGCCAUUGAAGAAACUUGUGACUUGGAUACAAUGACUGUUAAUGAGCUAAUUAGCAAGUUGAAAGCUCAUGACCAAAGAUUGACUCUAAAAGGUCAAGUUGCUGCAACUGAAGGUGCCUUCCAAUCAAGACAAAAAGGAAAGCAAGUAGUUACAAGUUCAGAUUCUAAGCCCUCCUAUGACAGCCUUGACAAAGGGAAUUUGGUUGAAACACAAACUCAACCAUGUUGCUCAUAUGCUGCUAAAUGUGAUGAUACAUGGUUAUGGCACAAGAGAUAUGGUCAUUUCAAUAUGAAAUCUCUUAAAUUCUUGCAAACAAAUGAGUUGGUUAGAGAUUUGCCAAGCAUCAAUUUGAGUGAUGAUGUGUGUGAAGCCUGUCAACUUGGAAAGCUACAUAGACAAGCUUUUCCAGUUAAUCAAGCAUGGAGAGCCACUGAAAAGCUUGAACUCAUUCAUACCGACAUUUGUGGACCUAUGAAAAUAGAGUCACUCAGCAGCAACAAGUAUUUCAUUUUGUUUAUUGAUGAUUUUACGAGGAUGACUUGGACCUUGAGGUUUGAUAAUGGCAAAGAGUACACCUCUUCUGAAUUUAACAAAAUUUGUGAAGAUGCUGGCAUUGGGCACCAACUAACAGUUCCUUAUUCACCUCAGCAAAAUGGUGUCUCAGAGAGGAAGAAUAGGACUGUAAUGGAGAUGGCUAGGUGCAUGUUGCAUGCAAAAAGGUUGCCUAAAUCAUUUUUGGCUGAGGUUGUUUAUACAACUCUUUAUUUACUGAAUUCUCUUCCUACAAAGGUUGUGAAAGGAAAAACUAUGGUAGAAGCAUGGUAUGGCAUCAAACCUUCUGCCAACCAUCUUAAGGUGUUUGGUUCAGUGUGUUACAGUCAUGUUCUAGAUGUAAAAAGAACCAAGUUGGACCAAAAAGCAAAUGUUGGCAUCUUUGUGGGCUAUGCAACUCAGUCCAAGGGUUAUAGGGUGUAUGAUGUGCACUCUAAGAAGAAGGUUGAUGUUGAUGGAACCAGAAUUGCUAAUUCAAAUUUAAAUGGGAGAAUUUCUGAUACGGAUGAUGAUUCUCCUAUCUUGAAAACAAAGUCCUUAGAGGAAAUUUAUGAGCAAUGUAGCUUUACAGUAGAUGAGCCAUCUAAUUAUGCAGAAGCAUCCACGCAUGAAGAAUGGAGAAAUGCAAUGCAGGAGGAGCUUAGUGCAAUUGAAAAAAAUGUUACUUGGUCAAUUACUUCUAGGUCAGAAGACAAAAAUGUUAUAGGAGUUAAGUGGGUGUACAGAUCAAAGUUAAAUGCUUAUGGUUCUUUGAACAAAUAUAAGGCUAGGCUUGUGGUAAAAGGGUAUGCACAACAACCUGGAGUUGAUUUUGGAGAAACAUUUUCUCUAGUAGCCAGGCAUGAUACUAUAAGGCUUCUCUUGGCCUUAGCUGCUCAAAAGAAAUGGAAGGUUUAUCAUUUAGAUGUCAAAUCUACCUUUUUAAAUGGAAUUCUAGAAGAGAAGUUAUAUGUUGAACAACCGGAAGGUUUUCUGGUUCAAGGCUGUGAAGAUCAUGUUUACAAGCUGCAUAAAGCUCUUUAUGGCCUGAAACAAGCCCUUCGAGCUUGGUAUAGCAGGAUUGAUUCCUACUUGAUAAAACAAGGAUUUCAAAGAGGUGAAACUGAAUUCACUCUUUAUGAUAAGAGUGGAAAUCCAAAUUCUCAGUUGUUGGUCUCUCACUAUGUUGAUGAUCUUUUGGUGACUAGAGGAGAUGCUGAACUCCAAAAAUUCAAGGCUUCCAUGCAAAAUGAAUUUGAAAUGACAAAUUUGGGAGUGAUGAAAUAUUUUCUAGGAAUGGAAGUGAUGCAAUGUAGCAAUGGAAUGUUUGUUUCAUAAGAGAAAUAUGCUAAGGACAUUCUUAGGAGGUUCAGAAUGAAUAAAUGCAAGCCAAUUGCCAUUCCUCUUGCACAGAAUCUGAAAUUGUCUAAGGAUGAUGAUAGCUUGAAGUGUAAUGCUUCAUUUUACAGAAGUUUGAUUGGGAGUUUGCUCUAUCUUACAGCAACAAGGCUUGAUCUUAUGUUUGCUACCAGUGUGUUAUCAAAGUACAUGACUUCUCCAUCUCAAACUCAUUUCAGUGCUACUAAAAGAGUUUUGAGAUAUGUAAAUGGAACUAUUAAUUAUGGAAUUAUGUAUAAGUCUACAAGUGAUGGUUGUUUGCAAGGCUAUAUGGAUAGUGACUGGGUAGGAUGUCCUGAUGACUCAAAAAGCACUACAGGAUAUGUUUUUUCAUUUGGUUCAGGGAUGUUUUGUUGGAAUUCAUCCAAGCAGGAACCUGUAGCACAAUCUACAACAGAAGCAUAAUAUAUUGUUGUUGGAGCU